ACAAAUCCAUCUCGAAGUACGCGAAUUCUGAUUUCAGAUUGCAAGAUUGUAAGUGACACUCGACGCUUUGCACUCUCGGGUAACUAGACGUCAAGACUUCGAUCCGCUUAGAUCCAACCCCGCCACCAUGGACGCCAUGAAGCACGCCGCCGCCACCGCCAAGGAGAAGAUCCAGAAUGUGAGUGCCAAGGCCGAGGAGAAGAUGGACAAGGGAAAGGCCUCAGCCACUGCCAAGACCGAUAAGGUGAUAGCUCACGAUGAAGCUGGAAAGCAAGAAGCGAAAGCCAGAGAGCACCAGAAGGAGGCGGAGGCAGAGCGGAUCAAGCACGAGAAAAUUCAAAGUAAUGUUGCUGAGAAGCAUGAAACGAAGGCAGACUUGGAGAACAGGAAGGCUGCUGCUGACUCUGCAUACAGAGCCCCUCAAACUCAAAUCUGAACGUAAAAUGCAACUAGAAGAUUAUUUUUCCAACAGCGGAUGAUGUCUCCGCUUCAGUAGGGACUGUAAAUGGAUUAUACUGGAAGCUUUGA